AUGCGGCGGCAGUGGCGCGUCCCCAGCGGGCAUUUCUGCCUCUCGCCCAACAGGACUUUUGAAGGGUCGCCAAACACGCCCUUGGGGGAUUUGCAGCCUGCUAGGUGCCUUGACCCUUGGCAGGCCUCCCCCUGCCUGCCUAGGCCAAGCACAAAUCGCUGCCUUCCGCAGCCGGAGAUCAAGGCUUCUCCUCCCAGCCGUCGGGGAUCCUUGUUGAAGCCCCAGGAGACUACAGCCUCCAACUGGUGCUUCCAGGGCCCAGUGCACCAGGGCACAGGCUCUCCGGUGGCCUUUCUGCCCACCUUCCUUUUGGAGUCCGCAGAGCCCGGGGGAACCAGGGCGCGGGGGUCAGCGUUCGGGCAAAUCCUGUCACUCCAGAAAUCCAUUGAUCUCGGAGCUCCCCGCGCUCUGGUCGAACCCAACCUCGGCCCCAGGUCCUGGCCCCUGACCGGUUCCUUGCCCCCAGCGGCUUCCACCCGCAACAGUUGGACCCAGCAAUCCAGAUUCCCGCGUCCGAGGACUGUGCCCAGCCUGGCCGGGCCACCGCGACAGACGAAGAGAAGGAGACUCCGCGACCCUAGGGACAAACGCCUUGGGCUCUCCACCCGCGUCCUUCCCUCGCGCCCGCGGCUGGUCUGUCUCCCAAGACUGUCUCUCCUCGCCUCCUUUGCCACCGAGUCCACAACGCCGGUCGGGCUCUCGAGGGUCCUGGUCCCCCUGGCCUCUGACUCCCCGAACUGGCCGUACAGUCUCGGGUGUCCCGCGUCUGUCUCCACCGUCCUUGCCCGCGCGGCGCCAGAGCCGCUUAAGUUGCCUGCGAAGUUGGCGCCCCCUCCCCCCCGCUCGCCGCCAGCCCCCAGCCGCCACUCACCCGGGAAGGGGCUCUGCACCUACGCCCAGAGCCCGGGCCGCCUCCCGUGCGAUGCUCGUGCCGCCGAGCUGGCACGCUGGCUUGAGGAUGGCGCGGCCUGA